GCAAUCUCCUAUUUCUCGCUUGCCAUCCGUGCAGUUAACGUCAGAGGCCACGCAAUAGUGAAAUAAUUGCAAAAAUGAGCGAAAGGGAAAGCCGUGAGAAUGCCUCGCUCUCUGGCUCACUACCUCCAGCACAAAUGGCACCAGCCGAAGUGGCACCAGUCCAAGUGGCACCAGUCCAAGUGCCUCCAGCCCAGAUGCCACCAGCACAAGUGCCACCAGCACAAGUGCCACCAGCACAAGUGCCAUCAGCCCAGAUGCCACCAGCACAGGUCCGCAGCAGUCUGCUGCAAAUUCCCCACGGCUACCGUCGUACGGAUCAUAUCCAUCGGCUGAUGGAGAAUUUGCAGCAACAAAUGGAUGUUCUGCAAAGGCAGGCUGAAGAAGCCGAUAAAGAGGAUGGACGAGGAGCAGGACAACAAGAGAUCGGACGAGGAAGAGAGUAAUGGGCAGGACGCGGAAGAGAACAAGGAGCUGGUGGAGGAAGAGGACAAGGGGCAGGGCGAGGAAGCAGGGGACCAGAGAGGAAGAAUCGAGGAGGAAAAAAAAGGAGAAGCGGGAUGCAGCCUAUUGGAAAUCACAAUAUUUUCAAUCCAGGAAUGAUCGUCCAGGUCCUCCACCUCCUCCUGGAGUAGGUCAAGGCAUGUUUGGCAAAGGCUCAGUGUUUUAUUUCAAUUGUGGAUAAAAUACUGAGUCUUGCUUUUAUUAGCUCCUACCCUCUCUGAUAUCAUAGCAUAUUUUUCAUAUUUUCUUAGAUCCAAGUUUUCAUAUCUAUAUAUUAAGGCGCCUCACCAGUAUUAUAAAUUAAAUGGCUGAGCGAAUGGAUUCCUUUGCGUACUUGAACCUUAAAUACUUUAAAUUUAGUUAGUUA